AAAGAUAAGGAAAAACCGACAUUGACAUUAAGCGACUUUGAAUUGUUUUUGUCAUUAUAUACCGGUGAAAUGCUUCGAUGUUUUAUACAUGAUGUAGCCUCAGAAGUUAAUUAAUUCCUAAUAAUCGAUGGUCUUUCGUUCACUCAUUUUAAAAUGAGUAAUAUUAUGAAUAAUAAAAACAAACCACGCGUUCCCGGUUUAUCGUUCCGGCUAAUUAUGUCACACGAAAAAGCAAACGGACUUAUCAAACUAAUAGCGUGUGUAUAAUGGAUUAAAGGUCGCAAUGUGUUAGAACAAGAAGCCAUUAUCAGGAUAGUUGUACUGUUUGUCGCAGCCUCGGACAGGUUCUGUCUUAAAGAUAAUGCGGAGGCAUCACCACGCCAGUACUCCUGAUAAUAGCAAGGUGUACGAACGGGUGCUACAUUUUUGUAUGGUUUAGAAGUGUUGUGAUAUGGAGGCGCAAGAAAUUACGUUAACGAAGAAGAAGUCGGGGGGAGGAUGGUUGGCGCAAUGUAAGAGAAGAUUGCCAAUACUAGAGUGGGCUCCGAAAUAUGAUCGAACAAAUGCUAUAGCGGAUUUGAUAGCCGGGAUUACGCUCGGAUUGACGCUCGUGCCGCAAAGUAUAGCGUACGCUUCGCUCGCUAAUCUCCCGGUGCAGUAUGGACUGUAUUCCGCGUUUAUGGGUACAAUGCUAUACAUGUUCCUGGGUACCGUGAAGGAGGUAUCUAUAGGGCCCACUAGUUUGAUGGCCCUGCUUACUCUGCAAAUAUGCCGUGGCCUGCCGAUCGAAUUUGUGGUGCUCUUGACCUUCUUGUCCGGUUGUGUCGUCUUCAUCAUGGGAUUGUUAAAACUUGGUUUCCUAGUCGACAUAAUAUCACCAUCCGUGACAAGUGCGUUCACAUCAGCAACUGCUGUGACGAUCAUAGUGGCUCAACUCAAGGGUCUAUUGGGACUGAGCUUUAUCGCAGAAUCCCUUGUAGAGAAUCUAUCGUUUAUAAUGAAGAAUUGGUUGUCUGUGCGGUGGACGGAUUGUGCUCUUGGUGCUUCGUGCUGUACUGUUUUGCUGUCUUUACGGAAACUAAAAGAUAUCAAGGUAAAUCCAAAGAAAUACAGGUUGAAAAAAGUAUUAUGGAUGAUAUCGAUCGCCCGGAAUGCAUUAGUCGUUGGCAUCGCAUCUACAGUCGCUUAUUGCACUUACAAUCCAGAAAAACUGCUCUUCAAAUUAUCUGGUCGAGUAGAACCAGGUCUACCACAAGUGAGUCUGCCUCCAUUUAGCGCAGUGAUGAACAACCAGACGCUAGGUUUUAUGGAAAUGAUAGACCACCUGGGAUCUGGAUUGAUCAUAGUGCCUGUGGUUAUGGUACUCGCUAAUAUUGCCAUCGCUAAGGCAUUUUCUCCCGGAGGUCGUAUAGACGCAACUCAAGAGAUGGUAACUCUUGGACUAUGUAAUGUGGCCGGUUCGUUUGUCCACGCGAUGCCAACCUGUGGAGCGUUCACAAGAUCAGCUGUAUCACACUCGUCUGGAGUUAGGACUCCUGCUGCUGGGUUUUAUUCAGGUUUAAUAACUCUAUUGGCUUUGAACUUCUUGACGCAAUACUUCUUCUUCAUUCCGAAAGCAUGCCUAUCUUCCGUACUAAUAUGUGCUGUAGUUUUUAUGAUAGACAUAAACGUAGUAUUCAACCUCUGGAAGGGCAGUAAGCGGGAGCUAGCCAUCUGGUUCCUAACCUUCAUGGUUGGAGUGUGGAAGAGUCUGGAACUUUCCGUGUUAGUAGGCGCCAUGGCGGGGCUAGCAGUACUGGUGAAGGAUGUUAUGCAGUCGCCCGUUGAUAUGACGCAAGUUAAGGCAAACAGCGGUGACGUCAUCCGCGUAUCCGUCCGUCGCGCGCUAGUAUACGCGAACGCGGAACGAUUUGCCGCUAUCGUUCUGACCACGGCCUCGGCAGCUGGCUGUCCCGUACUCAUCGAUUGUUCUAGCAUCGCUCUCUGUGAUUAUACUGCUACUCAGGUGAUAUCCCGCUUAAUAAAGAAGUUCAAAGAAAUGAAACUACAACUAGUUUUCUACAGCGCCUCACCAGACAGUCUCAAAUGGUUGGAAAGUAUUCCUGAACUCGAUAAAAGAGCCUUAAAUACCAAAAAAGUUCAGGAAGCCCUGGAUGCUGUAGCUACCAGGAACCCUGACGCUGAUGAUGAGACAAGUGCCCUGUUGGAUAAGAAGCCAAAGAAUGAAGAAAUUGUAUGAAAAACAGAUGAAAUUUUAGGCGCUUUUAUGGUUUUCUUAAGUCAGAAUAUGACGGAAGAAACACUUUUGGUUCAAUGUAUUAUAAAAGCAUUAAGUAUGUUGAAAGUAUUAUAUUAUAUUUUAUGAAUAGUACAGUUAAAAGCUGGAUGCAUUGAAAAAUUUUGAUGAAUAUCAAUAAUUGUAGAAAAUUAUUUAUAAUAGAUUAUAUUUUUGUACUUAGCAUGUUGUGUGUCAAAGAUUAAUUAACUAUAUUAUAGGUAUUAGCUCAGAUGUUACCUGUUUCUAGAAAAUUGCCCGAAUGUUUAUAAAUUUAAUGUUUAAACAUUUUUGUGGACAUAUCAACUAUAUCAAAAGUUAUAAAAAAACUGUUACUAGAAGAAACAAAUAUAAAAGAAAAUU